AUGCAGUUCUGGCCUGACCUGAUGGUGAUGGGAGUGGUGGGGCCCUCUAGUGUGGCAGAUGGACUGCCGUUGUUGCAUCUGAGUCCGUAUCUGUCUCCUCCUCUUCCCUUCAGUGCAGCAGUUGUGCGAUUGGUUGCCAUGCAGAUCCAGGCUUUAAAGGAUGACUUCCCACUCAGUCAUGUGAUCUCACCCUUCACCAAUCAGGAGAGACGGGAGGGGAUGCUGCUUAACCUCUUGAUUCCUUUUGUGUUGACUGUGGGCUCAGGAAGUAAAGACAGCUCUCUUCUAGAGCAGCCGGAGGUGUUUCUACUUCUGCAGACAGUUAUUAACAUCCUGUUACCUCCACGCAUCAUCAGCACCUCUCGCAGUAAGAACUUUGUGCUGGAUGCCUCUCCUGCCCACUGCUCCACCCCAGGAGACACCGGGAAGGACCUGCGGAGGGAAGGACUCGCCGAAUCCACCAGCCAGGCUGCUUACCUUGCUCUGAAGGUGGUCUUAGUGUGCUUUGAGCGACAGUUGGGUAAUCACUGGUACAAGUUGAGUCUGCAGGUCAAGGAAAUGGCCCUGCGUAAAGUUGGUGGCCUGGCUUUCUGGGAUUUCAUCGACUUCAUAGUGCGCACACGGAUUCCAAUCUUUAUUCUGCUGCGUCCCUUCAUUCAGUGCAAGCUGUUGACCCAGCCAGCAGAGUCUCAGGAGGAGAUCACAGCCCGUCAUCACAUCGCAGAGCAGCUGGAGCGUCGUUUCAUCCCACGCUCCCUCUGCAAGAGCUCCUUGUUUGCCGAAUUCAAUAACGAACUUAAAAUCUUGAAAGAGGCCGUGCACAGUGGAUCUGCAUACCAAGGCAAGACGUCCAUCAGUACCGUUGGCACAUCCACCUCGGCAUACAGGUUGAGUCUGGCCACCAUGUCCCGCUCCAACACUGGUACAGGAACGGUUUGGGAGCAGGAGAGCCAACCCUCACGACAGCCCUCGCAAGACACGCUUAGUCGUACCGAUGAAGAAGAAGAGGAAAAUGACUCCAUAAGCAUUCCCAGUGUGGUAAGUGAGCACGAGUCUUUCCUCCCCAGACUCAUUUCCCAGCGGCGCUUCUCCAGUCACGCCACGGGGUCCAUCGCCACUCAGCCUGAGCCAGGCAUGAGCACAAUGUUGCCCAGCCACAGUGAACCCAAUGUGCUAGAUGAAUCCCAGGGGCUUCUGGAGGAGGGUAACCUGUCUAGGGUUGCCAGUGUGCAGAGUGAACCAGGACAGCAAAAUCUGCUCAUCCAACCUCCGCUGGGCCGUAAGAGAGGACUUAGGCAGCUACGGCGCCCCCUGCUGUCCAUACAGAGGGUGCAAGAUGAGUCUGGAGGGCGUCAGGGAGCCAGACUCUCAACAACCAGGAGGAGCAUUCAACCCAAAAACAAACCAAUAGACAGGGCGUUAGCCCAUGGUGACCAAAAGAGGUUUGUCACUUUUACCGAGACCCAGCAGGAAGCGGCUGGUAGAUCACCCUCUGCCACACCCAGCCCUAAUAGUGGCCUGCCAGGUGGCACAGAGGUCGGAAGGCGGAGCCAUGAUGCAGGAGGACAGUCUCCCUUCGCCCGAUCAGACUCCUCAUCACCCAGCAUCAAAACUGCCCAGCACAGCCCAGUGUGGCCACAGGUCUCUCAAUACGAAAGGAAAGAUCAGGGGAGUGUACGAAGCAGUUUGUCUCCCACCCCUUCCGCCACCUCGGGCUCUUCCUCCAGAGCCUGCUCUCCUCUUCCUCCUCCCCUCCCUAUAUUUAGCACCCCAUCCCGACUGGCUCCAACCCAGAUCAGAGAAAGUCCAGAGGACGAGGAGACUUCUGGGCUUCUGCAGAACACCGAGACCACUUCUAGUGUAGAAGAAGAGCAUGGCAUGGAGAACCCCAUCCUGACCUCGCUGUUUUCAACCCACUCUCUCUCCCCGCUUCCACUUUCACCUGUCGAUCUGGAUUUAGAUGAGUCUCAUGUCUGAGAAUGCUUAGGAUGAGGAUUUAACAGCGCAACACUGUACUUAUGUGACAGGAAGUGGAAAAACCUGUGAUUCUGUGCUGUUCUUAUUUAAUGUAAAUCAUACACAGCUGCCAUGGAACAUUUGCAAUGUCUAUGGUAUUUACUAUAGUAUUUAUAAUAUUUAGUAAGUAUUUAUGAAGCACUGUGCAUCGUUUUAUCAGAGGAUGAAAGCUAAAUAUCUCUGUGCCGCAUUAUUCUGUAUUUUCCAAGCUGUCAAAUCAAAUGUUAACGUUAUGAAGAGAUCAGCAAAGUAUUGUGUCAAAGUCAUCUAUUCACUACAGAAACUAAAUGUUGUAUAGAAGUAUUCUAAAUAUUUGUCACCAAAGUAUUUAUUUAGAGGACUAUAUAUAUAUAUAUAUAUAUAUAUAUAUAUAUACUAUGAGAUAUGAGAUAUUUAAAGUAACUAUUAUAAACUUUUUAUUUUCUAAAAAUACAAUGCUUGUGUGUAAUAUUGAUGCCAAAUUUGUCGCCAAAUAUUUGUUGGUCAAGUCCAAUUUACAGACCUCGAAAUGUAUGGAUUAACUUAAACAGAAUUAGAGAAUUGGAUGUUUUUUGUAUUUAGGAUCCACAUUAUCAAACUAUAGCAAUGUCGUAUUUUAGGCCAAAUUAACAUACAUCACAAAAACAGGCAGAGAGGACCACAAUUAUUAUUCCAAGAAUUUUGUUCCGAUUAUGAUUGUUGUUUUUUUGUCCAUCUCAGUUUUGCCUCAUCUGACCCAGUAAAAUACAAUUAAACUGAUACCUCAGAUAAUAUUUCUCUUUGCCAUGUGUUAAGAUUGAAAAGGUUUGGCAGGGUUACUUAAAAAUAGAGCGAUUGUGCGCGUAUGUGCUUUUUUGUGCGCUUGGUGGUUUGUUGUUGUUUGUAAUGUGCUGCUAUCUGUUGGAUUUGUGCAAUAAUAAACUAUUAUGACAAGAAGAGGUCUUGUUGGUCUAUCUUCAGGGGUUUAAUUCAAU